AUGAAGCUUAGCCUAAAGAGAGCAUUUUAUCUUGAUAAGAUAUGCCAGAUAAAAAAUCUUAAAAAAAACUAGAUGAUACAAUUACAUUUAGUUUUAAAUACAAAUAGUAACGAUGCUGCUAAUUAAUAAAACAAAUAGAACCCUUUCAAUAAUUUUUGA